CCCUUCUCCCGUUUCUCAAUGCCGAUGCCGAUUCCGACGUUUAAAUGUUCUGCUGCUUUCCUUUUGAAAAAGUCUCGUUUUUUUAUGAGGAGCAGAUCGCGGUGCUUCAAUUGCUGCGAGCACGUUCGUGGAGAAAGAGAAGAGAAAGCAUAGGCUGGCAAGCGCAAAUCGCGACGAACCUCCCCUGAAUUCUGCCCUACGUCUCAGACGUGUUAGAUUGGCGGUAACGAAUAAUCUUACAUUUGCAGAAAGAAAGUCCUUGGAUUCUAUUUAACUCCUACUUCCAUUCAUUCUCCGGCCAUCCAUCUGACCUCCCCAAAAAGCCCGGCCCAGCUCGUCACCAUGCCCACCCACUGCUCCAUCCUCGUCAUCGGCUCCGGCAACGCAGGCUUCUCCGCCGCGCUCUCCGCCGCGCAAGCCGGCGCCUCCAACAUCCUCCUCAUCGACAAAUGCCCCGCGGCCUGGGCGGGCGGGAACUCGUUCUUCACCGCCGGCGCGUUUCGCACCGCGCACGGCGGCCUGGCCGACCUGCUUCCACUAGUCAACAACGUGGACGACGAGACGGCGAGGGCUAUCGACCUAGAUCCGUACACCGAGGACGAUUUCUCGGCUGAUCUGAAGAGAGUGACGAAUGGGCGGAGCAAUGAGGAGCUCGGGAAAGCGCUGGUGCGAGAGAGCAGGGCGGCCGUCGAGUGGCUGAAGAGGGAUGCCGGCGUGCGCUUCCAGCUUAGCUUUAAUAGGCAGGCGUAUCAAGUGGCCGGGCGCUGGAAGUUCUGGGGCGGUCUGCAUCUCAAGACGCAGGAUGGCGGGAAGGGGCUGAUAGCGGACCACAUGGCGGCUGCGCGGCGCCACGGCGUAGCUGUUCGCUUCGACACGGCGGCGAAGAGCAUACUGCGCGAUCCUUCUACCGGCGCGGUCUGCGGUGUUCUGGUGGAAAGUGACGGGAAGGAAGAAGUGAUCACGUGCACGGCGGUCAUCAUGGCGGCCGGCGGCUUCGAGGCAAACCCGCAGCUGCGAACUCAGUAUCUGGGCCCCGGCUGGGAUCUCGCGCACGUCCGCGGCACGCCGUACAACACCGGCGAGCUGCUUGCGUCGUGCAUCGCGCAGCUGCACGCGCGGCCCGCGGGUAACUGGUCGGGCUGCCACUCCGUUGCGUGGGACGCGAACGCGCCGCCGGACUCAGGGAAUCGCGAGGUUAGCAACGAGUACACCAAGUCCGGGUAUCCGCUGGGCAUCAUGGUGAACUGCCACGGCGAGCGCUUCGUGGACGAAGGCGUAGACUUCCGGAACUACACGUAUGCGAAGUUUGGCCGGGCGAUCUUGCAGCAGCCAGACGGCGUGGCGUGGCAGGUGUGGGACAGCAAGGGCGCAGCGCUGCUGCGGGGCGAGGAGUAUCGGGAGGAAGUCGUGGAAAGGAUCACGGCGCGCAGCAUCGAGGAGCUCGCAGAGAAGUGUGCGCAGGGGGGAUUGAGCGGGAGGCAGAGGUUCGUGCAAACGCUCGAGGAGUAUAAUGCGGCGGUCUACCAGCACCGGAAGGAGAACCCGGACGUGCAAUUCGAUCCCGCGGUCAAGGACGGCUUGUCAACUCAGUCUUCUUCGAGCGCCCUUUCGCUGCCGAAAUCUAACUGGGCGCUUUCGAUCGACGUACCGCCUUUCUUGGCGGUCAAGGUCACCUGCGGGAUCACAUUUACGUUUGGCGGGCUGGCGGUCAAGCCGGAGACUGCGGCUGUGAUCAAUCAAACGGGGAGGGAGAUCGAGGGGUUGUAUGCUGUGGGCGAGAUGAUGGGGGGACUGUUUUACGGGAACUAUCCUGGGGGAAGCGGGUUGACUAGCGGGGCGGUAUUUGGGAGAAGGGCGGGACGGGCGGCUGCGAGGUUGGUCGCGAAGCAGAGCGAGGGCGAAGGUACGGUGGUGAGGGCGAAGAUAUGACCAGGCUGGCA